GCAGGUCCUUUAUACUUAUUCUGUUUUCUGUACAACAUGUAUAUGGGGGUGGGAAGAAAUACAUGAGUCCUUGCGGAGGAAGAGAUUGCUCCAUUUGCCAGUGCUUCCCUGAGAAGGGCUCUCGGGGUCAACCAGGACCACUAGGGCUGCAAGGCCCAAUAGGGCCUUUGGGGACCCCCGGACCCAUUGGGAUUCCAGGAGAGAAGGGGCUGAGAGGUGACACUGGCCUUCCUGGAGCAGCGGGGGAGAAAGGAGACAAGGGUCCAACUGGUGUUCCUGGAUUUCCAGGUUUGGAUGGUGUACCUGGUCACCCAGGGCCUCCUGGAUCCAGAGGCAAACCUGGCUUGAAUGGCUACAAUGGCUCAAGAGGUGAUCCAGGGUUUCCAGGGGAAAGAGGAGCUCCUGGCCUGGGAGGCCACCCAGGUCUUCCUGGAGAAAAUGGAGAAAAGGGAGAUUCGGUGUUCAUUUUAGGUACCAUUAAAGGUAUUCAGGGAGACAGAGGGGACCCAGGACCGCCCGGCUUCCCAGGAUCUAGGGGUGCAAGAGGACCGGCCGGCCCCAUGGGAUACCCUGGAGCACCAGGGUCAGUGGGACCUCCGGGCCAUCCUGGGAGUCCAGGUGUGAAGGGCAAUCCUGCUGUAGGAGUGAAAGGGCAAAUGGGAGACCCGGGUGAGGUUGGCCAGCAAGGUUCUCCUGGACCCACCCUAUUGGUAGAACCCCCUGAUUCUUCUCUCUACAAAGGAGAAAAGGGCAUAAAAGGAAUUCCUGGGUUGGCUGGAUGGCCGGGCCCACCAGGACACAAGGGAGAGCCUGGUAUUGGGGCAAAAGGAGAGAAGGGUAUUCCUGGAUUCCCAGGACCCCGGGGUGACCCUGGUUCCGACGGAUCUCCAGGUUUUCCAGGAUUAAAGGGAGAACAAGGACUGGUUGGAGCUCCUGGGCUGUUUGGAUUUCUUGGUCCAAAGGGGGAUCCUGGAGACCGUGGGUACCCGGGACCACCAGGUGUUUUGGUAACUCCAUCUCUUCCACUCAAAGGUCCUCCAGGGGACCCAGGGUUCCCUGGCCGAUAUGGAGAAAUGGGGGCUGUUGGACCACCUGGCCCUCCAGGUCCCUUGGGCAGACCAGGAGACACUUGUCCAGGCCUGGCGGGACCCCCUGGGCCACCAGGGUUUCCUGGUCCUCCAGGGCUUCCUGGGCUACCUGGUGUUCCUGGGAGACCAGAUUCUGCUCCAGGAAAGCCAGGGAGGCCAGGCCCACCCGGCCUGCCUGGAGCCCCAGGGCUGCAGGGACCCCCGGGAUCACAUGUGAUGUAUUGCAGCGCUGGGCACCCGGGACCCCAAGGACUUAAGGGCAGAGUGGGCCCCCCAGGAGGAAGAGGCUCAAAAGGAGAAAAAGGAAAUGAAGGACUCUGUGCCUGCAAACCUGGCCCUAUGGGUCCUCCUGGUCCUCCAGGACUUCCUGGGAAGCAGGGGAGUAAAGGAGACUUAGGACUGCCGGGCUGGCUUGGAGAAAGAGGUGACCCAGGCCCUCCUGGUGCUGAAGGAUCUCGGGGGCCACCAGGAAAACCUGGUGCUUCAGGACAUCCUGGUGACAAAGGAGCCAAGGGUGACAUGGUUGUACCUAGAGUUAAAGGGCACAAAGGAGAAAGAGGCCCUGAUGGGCCUCCAGGAUUUCCAGGACAGCAUGGACAACAUGGUCAGGAUGGAUAUGCUGGAAGAAAAGGGGAUCCAGGACCCCGGGGGGAUCAUGAAGACGCAGCCCCAGGUGGUAAAGGGUUUCCUGGACCACCAGGCCUCCCCGGGAAAGCAGGACCCGUGGGGCCACCAGGACUGGGAUUUCCUGGUCCACUGGGAGAGAGAGGUCUACCUGGAGUUCCGGGCCACCCAGGUGUGAGGGGCCCCGAUGGCUUGAAGGGGCAGAAAGGUGACACCAUCCUUUGUAAUGUAACCUACCCUGGGAGGCCAGGGUCUCCAGGAUUUGAUGGACCUUCAGGUCCAAAGGGAUUUCCAGGCCCCCCGGGUGCUCCUGGGCCAAGGUGUUUGGAUGGGCAGAAAGGCCAACGGGGCAAACCAGGAAUACCAGAAAUUCCAGGUCCACCUGGUUUUCGCGGUGACAUGGGUGAUCCAGGCUUGGGAGGUGAAAAGGGAUCCUCCCCUGUUGGGCCCCCGGGCCUUCCUGGGCCACCUGGAGUGAAAGGUCAGAAAGGAAUCCCCGGAGACCCUGCAUUUGGUCACCCAGGACACCCUGGAGACAGAGGUCCCCCAGGCGCGCCAGGCAUGAGAGGACCCAGCGGUGACCCUGGAUGUCCAGGGGCAGAAGGGGUAGCUGGUGUUCCUGGACUCCCGGGUCUGAAAGGUCCAAAAGGCAGAGAGGGAAGUGCUGGAUUUCCAGGUAUCCCAGGGGAGCCUGGCCAUUCCUGUGAAAGAGGCGCACCAGGAAUCCCAGGUCAACCAGGACUCCCUGGGGCUCCAGGAAGUCCAGGUGCCCCAGGUUGGAAAGGGCAGCAAGGAGAUGUGGGGCCUCCAGGACCAGCAGGAAUGAAGGGCCUCCCUGGGCUCCCAGGACUUCCAGGGGCAGAUGGAUUCCCAGGACCUCCAGGAAUUCCAGGACCCUUUGGGGAAGAUGGGCUGCCAGGUCUUCCAGGCCCAAAGGGACCCCAGGGGCUGCCUGGCUUCGCAGGCUUUCCUGGAGAGAGAGGAAAGCCAGGUCCAGAGGGACAACCUGGCAGAAAGGGAGAGAGUGGAGAGAAAGGCUGGCCUGGUUUCCCAGGAGAUCAGGGAGCAAGAGGUGUCAAAGGAGCAAGGGGGCCUCCUGGAUUUGAAGGAGAAAUGGCUAUCAUUUCCAUCAAGGGGAAACCUGGGGAACCUGGGCUUCCCGGGGACAAUGGCUUCCCAGGAGAGAGAGGUGAUACAGGAAGUCCUGGAAUGCAGGGGAGAAGAGGAGAGCCAGGAAGAUAUGGACCCCCCGGAUUCCACAGAGGGGAACCUGGUCGAAAUGGGCAGCAUGGACUUCCUGGACCCCCUGGCCCUCCAGGCUCACCGGGCCUAAGAGGGAUCAUUGGCUUUCCAGGGUUUCCAGGAGAUCAGGGUGAGCUGGGCUCUCCUGGUCCCCCUGGAUUUUCAGGAAUUGAUGGAGCAAGAGGACCUAAAGGAAACAAAGGUGAACCUGCCAGUCAGUAUGGUCCACCUGGUCCUAAGGGUGAACCAGGCAGCCCUGGAUGCCAAGGACAUGGUGGAGCCCCUGGAGAUCAAGGUCUACCUGGAGUUCAAGGACUGAAAGGACCACCAGGAAGGCCAGGCCUGCCUGGCUCCUUGGGACCACCAGGGUGUCCAGGUGAUCAGGGGAUGCCUGGGCAGAAGGGCCAUCCAGGAGAAAUGGGAGACCCUGGGCCCAGAGGUCUCCCGGGGGAUCCAGGGAUACCAGGACCUCCAGGAAUAAAAGGUCCUUCAGGGUCUCCUGGUCUGGACGGCUUGCAUGGUUUGAAAGGUGAGAAAGGAAGCAAAGGUGCCUCAGGUUCACAUGAAAUGGGCCCACCUGGUCCAGUGGGACUACCUGGGUUAAGAGGGGAGAUGGGAGACCCCGGGAGCCCGGGAAUUUCUCCUCCUGGCCUUUUUGGUGAAAAAGGUCCCCCAGGUCCUCCAGGGAGACCAGGACCACCCGGUCCUGCAGGCAUCCCAGGACAUGUUCCUAUUGGUGAUAUUCCUUACCCGGGUCCACCUGGAGAUCGGGGACCUCCUGGCCCUGAUGGUCCAAGAGGAGCACCCGGGCUUCCAGGCCCCCCUGGGAGAGUUGACUGUCUGAGAGGGGAACCAGGUGACUGCGGUCUGCCAGGGCCUCCAGGACCACCAGGUCCCCCAGGCCCUCCAGGGUGCCAGGGUGUUCCAGGAUGUGAUGGAAAAGAUGGCCAAAAAGGACCGAUGGGAUUUCCAGGGCUUCCAGGGCCACCUGGUCUUCUAGGGCCACCUGGAGAGAAGGGUUUACCUGGACCUUCAGGUAGAAAAGGACCCACAGGUCCUCCAGGUCCCAGAGGUGAACCGGGGCCACCUGCAGAUGUGGAUGCCUGCCCCCGGAUCCCAGGUCUUCCUGGAGUGCCAGGCCCAAGAGGACCAGAAGGACCCAUGGGGCUCCCAGGACAGAGAGGCCCUCCGGGACCAGGGUGCAAAGGAGAACCUGGGCUGGAUGGCAGGAGAGGCAAUGAUGGCAUCCCUGGGUCUCCUGGGCCUCCUGGACGCAAAGGUGACGCUGGAGAGGCGGGUUGCCCUGGAGCCCCAGGCCCUCCUGGUCCCCCUGGUGAUCCUGGGCCCAAAGGGGUUGGCCCUGGAUACCUCAGUGGCUUCCUCCUAGUACUCCACAGCCAGACAGAUCAAGAACCCUCCUGCCCUGUGGGCAUGCCCCGACUCUGGACCGGGUACAGUCUGUUAUACCUGGAAGGACAGGAGAAAGCUCACAAUCAAGACCUUGGUCUGGCGGGGUCUUGCCUUCCGGUGUUUAGCACGCUGCCCUUUGCCUACUGCAACAUCCACCAAGUGUGCCACUACGCCCGGAGGAACGACAGGUCCUACUGGCUGGCCAGCGCGGCGCCCCUCCCCAUGAGGCCCGUGGCGGAGGAGGAGAUCCGCCCGUACAUCAGCCGCUGCGCGGUGUGCGAGGCCCCUGCGCAGGCGGUGGCGGUGCACAGCCAGGACCAGACCAUCCCCCCGUGCCCGCGGGCCUGGAGGAGCCUCUGGAUCGGGUACUCCUUCCUGAUGCACACAGGAGCUGGGGACCAAGGAGGAGGCCAGGCCCUCACGUCGCCCGGCAGCUGCCUGGAAGAUUUCAGAGCGGCGCCCUUCCUGGAAUGCCAAGGCCGGCAGGGAACGUGCCACUUUUUUGCCAACGAGUACAGCUUCUGGCUGACGUCGGUGCGGGCAGACUUGCAGUUCUCCCCGGCCCCCUCGGCAGACACCCUGAAAGAAGGCCAGGCCCAGCGCCGGAAAAUCAGCAGGUGCCAGGUCUGCGUGAGGUACAGCUAGAGAAGCAGAAGCACCCGCCGGGGCCAAGAGACCUUCCCAGGGGGCCCCCGCUUCCCCGGCUCUGUGGGGCGAUUCAGCGGUGCUCACCGGGGACCCCACCUCACUCCCGGCUCUUCCCUGACUCAAGGUGGUCGCUCCCGUAGCCCUGCAGGUCCUCCUCCCUCCUUCCCCAGAGAGUAAGCAAAGGUGACACACGUGGAUUGGUGUGGACCUACCAAUCUAGAUGAAGCCCACAUACUCUUAUUUUACUGAGGACGAUGGAAGUACAGGCUUUAUUUGAAAAUAUACUAAUCCCCUGAAAGGUGAGUAGACGGUAAAGGCCAGAUUACAAAUUGUGUCACUGAAACUUUCAUUCAUUAGUUAAUAGCAGCUCAAACAAAUGACAUCAAUUACAACACCGUGACUUCUGGGUGGAUUUUACAGGAAGAAAGAAAUAGGGCAACAAAUGAAACCAGAAAGUAGAGAUUUUCAACAUUUCAAAAUGAUUUCCUCUGUAAUCUAUUCUUUUUUCCACACACUUUAAAUAAUUGUAAAACCAUGACCCAAAGAGACUUUAAAAAAGAGAAAGAAAAAAAAAAAAAAUCCACACGGCCAGCUUUAGCAGUUCAUUUCAAA